AGCACUACUGCCCACUCCCCAGACAUUGACCGGUACUACAACAGAUGGCACGAAUAGGUACAGAUAUUAUGUGGCGACAAGGAGUCAUAUUUGCCGCGUUCGCUUUGAUUCAGUGCGUACACAGUCGGGAAAUUCCCUACUGGGCUGAGCAUGCUCGUGGUGAAAGCAACGGUCACGUUCUGGGGCAUAUCAGCCCUCAAUCUGAGCACAAUCAUAACCCGACGGAGAAUAUGGGUUUCAUAAGUGCUGAUGGAAGAGUACCAGAGAAUGUUGACAUCCACCGGGGGCGAAGUGACGAGGAAUAUAAGCAGCAAGCAACUCUCUACAGACAGAUUGUGCAUGAGUUCCGUCUUAAUCAUGGAUUGCCGGUCGGUCCAUCCGAUGAAGUUUGGGAUGGCUUAAUAGAGGGAGAUAUAGUGCCAACCUUAAGCGACCUUCAGGAAAUGCUCGAAGAGAUAAGGAACCCAACUAGAAGAAAGAGGAAAAUGACAUCUGACACUGCUGUCUAUUGGACUUUGCCGAUUCCGUAUGUUUUGGUAGAUAUGAAUAGACAGACCUCGGUUUCUAAUACUGCCACUACGGAAAAACGGGCAUUUGUAAACGAUUCAGACCUGGAUUUGGAUUUACUGUCAAUUGAGACAGUGAUUCCGGUAUAUGAGAAUAGGAUAGGAGAUCAACGCGGACUGUCAUUCUAUGAUGCGCUAACAGCUAACCUCGCAUACUGUAAUGGAGAUGAAUCUCCCUGUCAGGGAGGGCUGCUUACGACAGAAUGCCAGCACGGGGGCUACUGGAAUCCCAACAACUGUGACGUCUGCAUCUGUCCUGCUGGUCUGGCAGGCGAUCGCUGUGAAACCGUUGCACCAUCAGAAGGCACGACAGAAGGCGGAAUUUUGAACGUAGAAUGCAGCAGUAGUGUCCAAACUUUCUCGGCUUCGAUAUCAGCUGCUACUCACAAACAAGAAGCAUAUUGGCUGCUACAGGCACCGCUAUCAGCAACCAUCAGUUUUCAGUUCACUUCGAUUUCGUCUGUCUGCUAUAGUUUGGACGGUUUGACGUGUGAAGGAAGACUCGGGUGCCCAGAUUGGCUUGAGGUCAAGUACUUGGAUUUAGCAGGCCCAGGGCCCUGGUUUUGCGCUUCAAACACAUAUGGAUAUCCGUUCCUAACAUCGGCAACAAAUGAGAUGGUACUGAUAGCCCGACUUGUAAAUAAUUUCGGUUUCUCAUUCACGUUGAAUUACAUGGCAACAUGCCCGCCGUGUGAAUGCAUAAAUUGGGGACCAUACGGUUCUUGCGACGUCGCUAACUCUGUGGACAACUGCGGAUGUACGAUGCAAACACGAUCAUGUGUGGACAUGACAGGAUACUGCCCUCUGUAA